CUCCACACCCACUUCACCUACAAAGCGCUGCUCAGUCGCUUUCCCCAACAAGUCUCCUGCCACGCUUCCCACUCGCACCCGUCAACUCUCACACCCCCACACAUCAGACAUGGCUGAUUCUCUCACCGAGGAGCAAGUCUCCGAGUUCAAGGAAGCCUUUUCUCUGUUUGUAACGACGCGAUACAGGUCAGAUCACCACCAAGGAGCUCGGCACCGUCAUGCGCUCGCUCGGCCAGAACCCCAGCGAGUCUGAGCUCCAGGACAUGAUCAACGAGGUCGAUGCCGACAACAACGGCACCAUUGACUUCCCAGAAUUCCUCACAAUGAUGGCCCGCAAGAUGAAGGACACCGACUCGGAGGAGGAGAUCCGUGAAGCCUUCAAGGUCUUCGACCGCGACAACAACGGCUUCAUCUCUGCUGCCGAGCUCCGCCACGUCAUGACCUCCAUCGGCGAGAAGUUGACCGACGAUGAGGUCGACGAGAUGAUCCGGGAGGCUGACCAGGACGGUGACGGCCGCAUUGAUUACAACGAGUUCGUCCAGCUUAUGAUGCAGAAGUAAAGGAUUGGUGCUUUUGGUGUUUGGAUAAGAUACACAUGAUGACGGCGACACGGCUCCGAAACGGCUGCGAUGAGUGAUGAAGUGGGAUUAACUUCUUGGACUGCCUGGAGGCACACUUUGGCCAUACUGGUUACCUUCUCUUGCUAAGCUCUUCGGAGUGUGGCUAUAUAUCCUCAAUCCAUCCCUCUGUGCCUACUAU